AUGGCCGAUCUGUCCAACGCAUGCCGCCGGCGUCAGCUCGACAUCAAGAUGACACAAUACGCAGAUGGAGACCAAGGCAAAUGCGGCAUAUCAGCACACUCUUCCGCAGAGAAAGGAGGUAGAAGUUGCCGACAGCUGGAUAGAGAAAAGCCUCCAGCUCGGCACAUUCAUCGCCUCCCGGGCCCCCACUCCGUUCGCUCCCAAGCCGAACCCGAGCAAAGGUCCAAGAAGGGGGCUGUUCUCGUGAAAGCUCUCCACCGUACGGAUCAGCUGAGUCCACCAAAAACCUGGAUAACGGCGAAGAGAAGCCCAAAAGGAAUUUUCGCCAGUUCAUGUUUGGCUAAUUGCAAUCGCGACGGGAACCCGCCCCAGUGGCCAUCCCUUCGGUCCACGGCCCAGUCGGGGCUCCGUUCAUCUGUUGCGAAGUGCCGCGCGCAAGCCAGCGUUGAAGGACAGCGCAUCUCGCAGCCCGCUCCCAUGACUCGGUUUGCAUAAAGGAUAAGCCGUGACAGCAAACCCUAAAUAAAAGUGUAAAUCCCAGGUGAAGGGAUGUCCCCUUGGAACGGUGCUGCCUUUCACACCCCCCUUUGGAGAAUAAGGAUAGACGUCAUUAAGGGUCAAAUAUACCCACCUUCGCGAAUCGGAUAGGAAUAGAAACGUCGAGGUUCGGUUCCCGUACGUGCAAUGAGAGUAGAUCUUAGACAUCGAUCUUAAUUCCGACUUCCUUCGGGGACUCUGAUACACGCUUGGCGUGUCACAAGUUCACAACUGCUGGCUAUCCUCGCAGGAUCACUUCUAGCACCGAAUGUCCCGCUCAGUCAGCGGCUCAAGAGGGAAGAGGAUAACCUUGCUUAGUCAUGGCAUCAAGGCGGCUUAGAAGCCAGAUGUCUGCUCAACUGGGGUCAGCAUCAUGAAGAAGUUUAUCCAUACCGCCGAGGGCACAAGCCUGG